UCUUUCAGAUAGGUUUCGGUCCCGAGCGCAACUCGCGAACUCACUAGUAUAGCUACCCAUAGUGUACCUUCGUUAGUUAACAUUAGCUAACGUUAGCUAUCGAGAUGGUUAAAGCAAUUUAGUUUUGCGAACUAAUUUAGCAAACGUAAACUGUAGUUAGUUAGCAGCAAGGGCUUAAACCAGUUGUCUCCAACCCUGGUCAUGAAGAGCUACUAGGCCUGUUGGUUUUUGUUUUCACCAAAAAUUCAGCGCUCAGUUGAGACCCAGCUAACCAGGAGCGUGCUCUGGAAACGCGCCGUCAUGGCAGAGGCACCAGAAGGGGGCACUGCUGUGCUGCGGAGGCUGAAACCGAAGUUGAUCGAAGUCCUGAGCGGAGAGUCGGAUCACGUGCUGCAGCAUGCAGACUCGCUCUCCCUCCUCUCCCCGCGUGAGUACCGCCGGCUCAAAGCGAUUGACGACCCCUCGCAGAAGAUCCGCGACCUGCUCGACUACGUCAUCCAGAAGGGCCACAGCCCCGCCCUCAGCUUCCUGGAGUUCCUGAGGGAGGCCGACACAAGGAACACUUUCCCCCAGCUGUCUGUCAUCCUGGAGCGGGUGGAGCUUCUUCAGGAGCCCCAAGAGCAACCCACCAAAAGGAAAACUGAAGAGCCGGUGGUGGAAAUUUCUAGCAAGAAAAAGAAACUUGAAGCUGGGUCGGGGCUGGUGUCGGAGAGGCAGAUGAUGCUGGUGGCGCGCGAAGUGGGCCGUGACUGGAAGCAGCUGGGCAGGCUGGCCCUGGACAUCCCGUCGGUCCGUCUGGAGCAGAUCGAGGAGGACAACCCGGCCGACCUUCGAGAGCGCGUGUUCGCCAUGCUGCGAGUGUGGCGAACGAGAGAGGGGCAGGACGCCACCGCCGCACGCCUGCACGCCCUCCUGUCCGCAGACAAAUGUGCCCCACCGGCAGACAAAAUCGACUUCCUCCUCGACCCUGUCUGACCUGCGCAUACCGCUGUCUGACUGCAGGGGGCACUGUCUCCUCACUUCACGAUGGGAGACGUUCAGUAUGUGUACACUCACCUAGCACUUUAUGAGAAACAUUUACACACAUUAGAGCAGUGGUAUGCAGAAGAGCAUCUCUGGACACACAACGGAUAGCCUACAGCAGUAGAAUGCUCACUGAGUGUAUAUGUGUGUGAAUAUGUACAGUGCCUUGAAAAGUUUUUUGUUUCAGAUUUUUAGGCAAAAUGUAUUUUUAAACAAAGUCAAAGUCCUGACUUGAACCCAAUAGAGAUGGUGUGGCGGGACCUGAAAUAGCAGUUCAUGCUUGAAAACCUACCAACUUGUCUGAAUUAAAGCAGUUCUGCAAAGGUAUUUGCUCACUAUAUUUUAUGAAAUAAAUGAAAUUUAA